AUGGAACCUGAUAACACACAAUCUGUCGAACAACAACCAGUGGAAAGCGAUCCAUCUAUUAAACCUACGAGUGCAGAUAACGAAGAUAGUGCAAUAGCUGCUAACUCAACAAAUGGUAACGAUACCGACGUAGGAUCUCAACCCCCAAAUUCUAAAGAUAUUCAGAAACCGUCACCCAAAAAGCCGAAAAAGAGGAAACCUAAAAUACCACGGGAUGUAACUGCGCCUCGCCAGCCUCUGACUGGUUAUGUUAGAUAUCUCAAUGAACGUCGUGAUCAGUUAAGAGCUGAACAACCAGAAUUAGGUUUUGCGGAGUUAACGAGACAAUUAGCCGCUGAAUGGAGUAAACUCCCCACUGAAGAAAAACAGCACUAUUUGGAUGCAGCUGAUCAAGAUAAAGAAAGGUAUAUUAAAGAAUGGGCAGAGUAUAAAAAAACUGAUGCUUAUAAAGAGUUUAGAAAGCAGCAAAUGGAACAAAAAGAUACAGGAACUGUAACCAAAAAGGUUAAAACAGGUGUUGAUAAUAAUAUUAUAAGUGUUACAGGAGGUCCUACUCAAGUUUCGUCUGAACCUGUUGUUAGUGCAAGUAUAUCAACUGGUUCCAUUCUCAGUGUAACAAGACAACAGACUCCACCUCGACCGAGGCCUUGCAUAACACCUGCUUCAGGUGAAGAAAUGUCUGGAGACACAGAUAUACCAAUUUUCACUGAUCAAUUCUUACAACAUAACAAGUUGAGGGAAUCUGAACUUCGUCAGUUGAGAAAAGCUAAUUCAGAUUACGAGCAGCAGAAUGCUAUAUUACAACGUCAUGCUGAAGAAGUAAGUGCUGCUACAGCUCGGCUUAGGGCUGAAACAACAGCAGCGGCCGAAAGAACAGCCUUGCUUGUAGCUCAUCGGAGACUUUUAGUGACAUCACUAGUUCAAGCAUUACAAUCUGUUGUACUGCCUUUACAAAGUGGACCAGCUGGUGCAUCAGAAUCUAACAUAGAGGAGUACAUGGAAAAAUUACAGAGCUUGGUAACAGAAGGAAAGAACAAUCCAGUAUUGAAACAGGCGAAAGAAAUAUUAAAUAAAAUUGAAUUACCUAUGAAUUAA